UGAAUUUUUAACUAUUGAACUUUUACUCCCUCGUAGCUAAUCAUGAAAUUUAGUUCAUAUAUCGCACACCUGUGGCACAUGUAAGAUUUAUGUUCCGGCCGGUAUGAUAUUAGUUUUAAUAGAUUGGAUAUUAGUGAGCUAUAUAAGUGCAGGUGUUGUGAUCAAAUAUGAUUUUUAUAAAAUGUUACUUGAAUUGGUGGUUUCAAGUGUGUUUCUUUGUGUGACUAGAGGUGACAAUUUUCCUUCACUCCUCACCACGAAUGCUACUUUAGCCGUUAUCAUUGACCGCGAAUUCAUAUCAAACGAAUACGAGGUUAUAAAACACGCAAUUGAAUCCUACUUAGUAUACACAAAACGGGAAAUUUUGAAACACGGAGGGCUUAACGUCCAGUAUUAUUCUUGGACUACUAUUAACAUCAAGAAAGAUGUUACUGCCAUUUUUAGUAUUGCUUCAUGUUCUGAUACUUGGCGAUUAUUUCGACAGGCUAGAGACGCGAAUUUAUUACAUAUGGCAAUUUCUGAGUCAGACUGUCCGAGAUUACCGCCCGAUGAGGCAAUUACAGUACCACUGAUAACACGAGGUGAAGAAUUACCUCAACUGUUACUAGAUCUCCGAACAAGGCAGACCUACAACUGGAAUUCAGCUUUUAUUCUAUACGACGACACUUUAAGCAGAGAUCAAGUGACUCGAGUUGUAAAAUCCAUAACAGCUCAGUAUUCAAAUUUGCGGGUAAACGCCGCUGCUGUUUCUCUUGUGAAACUCGAAACGCACCUCCCAAUGGAUGAGAUCCGAAAACAAGUCAAACAAAUCCUCACUUCGGUAUCAGUCAAAACAGUCGGACUCAACUUUCUCGCGAUUAUCGGCUUUCAACUCGUCGAACUUUUGAUGGAAUAUGCGAAAAUGUUCAGACUUGUUAACACCCGAACCCAGUGGCUCUACAUAAUCUCAAAUACUCAUUACAAACACAAAGAUAUUAACCGUUUCCGGCAACUGUUAUCAGAAGGAGACAACAUUGCGUUUUUGUAUAACAAUACCAUAAAUGACGACACUUGCACAGGGGGCAUUCAGUGUCACUGCGAGGAAAUCCUCUCAGCUUUCACUCGUGCUUUAGACGAGGCGAUUCUGUUCGAAUGGGAGACUUCCAGUCAAGUUUCGGAUGAGGAAUGGGAAGCAAUCAGACCCUCGAAACUCGACCGACGAAACUCCCUUUUGCAAGGGAUUAAAACAUAUUUAUUACAACGUGGCCAGUGUGACAACUGUACCUCUUGGUUGAUGAAAACAGGGGAUACUUGGGGGCGGGAGUAUCAACAGAAUGGGACAGACAGUGGAGGACUCAUCUCAGCCGGGAACUGGAGACCCAGCGAUGGGCCUUCGAUGUCAGAUGAAUUGUUUCCACAUAUUGUCCACGGAUUCAGGAAAAGAAACCUUCCGAUAGUCACAUUUCACAACCCUCCUUGGCAAAUAAUCAAAUUGAACGAGUCUGGCUCAGUUUUGGAAUACACAGGAGUGAUUUUUGAGGUCAUUAAAGAAUUGUCAAAGAAUUUAAAUUUCACAUAUACUGUGGAGUUGGCAAAAAUCGAUCAAGUCUACUCGUCUAAUUUAACCAAAAAUGAGGCACAAGUCAUUACAAAUUUCAUCCCUGACUCGAUCAUAGACAUGAUCCGUAACAAAUCAGUCGCCUUCGGCGCUUGUGCUUUCACUAUAACCGAAGAAAACAAACAUUUAAUCAACUUUACUAGCCCCAUAAGCACUCAAACUUACACAUUUCUGGUCUCACGCCCCCGUGAAUUAAGCCGAGCUUUACUUUUCAUGUCCCCUUUCACCGGUGAUACUUGGCUGUGUCUCUCGGCUUCGAUUAUUUCAAUGGGUCCAAUACUGUACUACAUCCACAAAUACAGCCCCGUUUACGAAUACAAGGGUUUAAGUAAAAGGGGUCUGUCGUCGGUGCAAAACUGUAUCUGGUACAUGUAUGGGGCUCUUUUGCAGCAAGGUGGUAUGCAUCUUCCUCAAGCUGAUAGUGCGAGGAUUAUUGUUGGGGCGUGGUGGUUGGUUGUUUUGGUUUUGGCCACGACGUAUUGUGGGAAUUUGGUCGCGUUUUUGACUUUUCCCAAAAUUGAUAUUCCGAUUACAACGAUUGAUGAGUUGUUGGCCCAUAGCGACACUGUUACUUGGAGUAUGACGAAAGGGAGUUAUCUAGAACAGACUUUGAAAUACACUACUGAACCAAAGCAAAGGUAUUUGUACGAUAAAAAAGUCGAAAUUGGGAAUUUUAAACAUAUGAUUUUGGAUAUUCAGAAUGGGAAACACGUUCAUAUUGAUUGGAAAAUUAAGUUGCAAUAUAUUAUGAAAAAACAGUACUUAGAUUCGGAUCGAUGCGAUUUAGCUUUAGCUCAAGAUGAAUUUUUAAAUGAACAAUUAGCAAUGGUCGUGUCACAGGACACUCCAUAUUUAGAAAUAAUUAAUGAUGAGAUUAAAAAAUUGCACCAAGUAGGGUUGAUUCAAAAAUGGCUCACUGAUUAUCUCCCCAAGAAAGACCGUUGUUGGAAAAACAAUCGACACAUAGUCGAAGUAAACAACCACACUGUCAACCUGGAUGAUAUGCAAGGAAGUUUUUUUGUUUUAUUUUUAGGUUUUCUCCUGUCAUUUUUUAUAACAAUCGGGGAGAAACUCUGGUACAAAUAUGUAACGAAGAAAAAAAUGAAAAUAAUCCAGCCAUUCACCACAUAAUUUUAUUCAACAAGCAACCAUUAAAUAUGUAUCUAAUCUAAACAAAAUGCGAAUAAAUUGAUUAUAUAAA